CAGCAUCUGUGCCAUCCCACAGCCUCAGAAAAUAAAUUAUUCAGAUUCAUAAAUUUCUUGCUCGAAUUUUAAGUAGCGGGGAAAAUAAGUAAAGAAAGGCUGAGAGAAAUUGCAAUAAUGGAAGGUUGGACAAAUGAUCACUUGUGGUUGUUCAAAGCAAAUACUAAUACAGACCACAAAACUUCCACCAUUUUCUUACAGACUGAGAAUUGAUGAGAGAAUGAAGGGAUAUUGUGGUGUGACGAUAUUAUUCUUUUUUGUUAUCUUGAUCGAUCAGCAGAAACUUCAGGGGGUGUGUGCUGCAAAGGAUAAUGGGUUCGUCACAGUUGAAGGAGUGCAUUUCUGUCUUAACGGGUCCCGAUUUUAUGCCAAUGGAUUUAAUGCCUACUGGCUGAUGUAUGUGGCCUCCGAUCCAUCUCAGAGAAGCAAAAUCUCAUCGGCAUUUGUAGAGGGUGCUAAGCAUGGCCUCAGAAUUGCUCGAGCUUGGGCUUUCAGCGAUGGCGGAUAUGCCCCUCUGCAGUACAAUCCUGGCUCUUACAAUGAGCAGAUGUUUCAGGGUUUGGAUUUUGUGGUUUGUGAAGCUAAGAAAUAUGGGGUGAAGCUGAUACUGAGCCUGGUGAACAAUUAUGAGGAUGACGGGGGAAAGAGACAGUACGUGAAUUGGGCAAGAAAUCAGGGGCAGAAUUUGCUGUCUGAUGAUGAAUUCUACACCAAUUCAGUUGUGAAACAAUUCUACAAAAACCACAUUAAAGCUGUUCUCACAAGACAUAACACCUUCACUGGAAUUCCCUACAAGGAUGAUCCCACUAUUAUGGCUUGGGAGCUCAUGAAUGAACCUAGAUGCACCAUUGAUCCUUCUGGAACCACCAUACAGGCCUGGCUUUCAGAAAUGGCUACCUACCUAAAAUCCAUAGACAGCAACCACCUCCUCGAAGCAGGACUCGAAGGCUUCUACGGCCAAUCAAAUGCACAAAAGCAGCAGUUCAAUCCACAAGAAAUUCAUGUCGGAACCGAUUUCUUAACUAACAAUCAGAUUCCAGAGAUAGACUUCGCAACCGUCCACUCAUAUCCAGACCAAUGGCUGACGAAUCGAAGUGACGAAGCCCAGAUCUCGUUCCUAAACGAUUGGCUCGACAGCCACAUUCACGACGCCCAGAAUGUUCUUCGAAAGCCGCUGCUUUUCGCCGAGUUUGGAAAAUCGUCGAAAGACUUGGGAUACCGUACGGAUCAGAGAGACGAGCUGUUUGACAGAAUCUACUCGGCGAUUUACUCGUCCGCCGCCGCCGGAGGAGCGGCCGCCGGAGGGUUGUUCUGGCAGCUACUAGCCCCGGGAAUGGAUACCUUCCGCGACGGCUAUGAGAUUCUGUUCAGCGAGAGCCCUUCGACCGCUGCUCUGAUUUCUGCGCAGUCGCAGAAGCUUGAAAGCAUCCGCCAUUAAAAUGGAACUUAAUUAGAAAUAGGAGAUGGAAUUAUGGGCCAGCCCAGACGAAUUGGGCCGGGCCGGCCCAAUAUAAAAAAUAUUCUACCGAAGGUUUUGGAUGCUUCUAGUAUAUCUUCCUUAAACGUGACCCCUAAUGACACGUGCCACAGGGCAAACCAUUUUAUUUAUUUUUUAUUUUUUUAUUUUUCAGUAAACAUUAUCGUCUAUUUA